AUGUACCAUUCAGAAACUCCUUUAGAAAAGAAAGAAAUCAUUCUUAAAGCUAUUCAGAAUCCUGAUAGUGAUCUACGUCUAGUAAUUGCAACAAGUUCCCUUGGAAUGGGUGUUGAUUGUGCAAAAUUUUACAAUGUUAUUUUGUAUGGACCACCAAAAACUGUUGUCGAGUUAAUUCAGGAAAUUGGAAGAGUGGGUAGAGAUGGACAAACAUCAACUGCAUUAUUGUUAUACAAUUCAUUUAAUCUGUGCAAAGUUGAAAGUGAUGUGAAAAAUAUAAUCAAGAGUGAUAAAUGUAGACGUUUUGCAUUACUUCAGCCAUUUCUAAAUCAACAAGAACUCCAUGAUCUGGGUAAAAAUACAGGAUCAUCUCUGUGUUGUGACAUAUGUGCCAAAGUCAAUCCAGAUCAGUCAUCAUUAUCUAAUAUUGAGAAACUACUGACUAUAAACUUUAAUGAUGAUGAAAAUGUUAACCUUGCAAGUGACAGUUCAGAUGACACAGUUUCAUAUAUUAUGUUGAAGAUGAAUUUUUUGACCAUUCUUUUCCGUAAUUAUACUGAAUAA